CGCCCCGAUCUUUUCGCAAAGCAUUGUGGGUAGAGUCUGUCAGAUGACCCUCGGCUCUCCUGUGAGAGAUACAGCUGCUGUCACACACUGUUAGCCACUGAAGGAAACACCGAUAUUUACAGGUUGAGCCAUGAGGCACCUGGUCUUCCUCCUCCCAGCCCUGCUGCUCCUGUUGGCCCUGCCGGACACUAGGGGGCGCUACAAUGAUGACUUCGAUGACGGUGAGGACAUCGCUGAGUUUGAUGACAAUGACUUUGCUGAGUUUGAGGAUGUCGGUGAGGACCCAGCAGUCGAUGUGGAGAAAGAGCCACCCCCACGGGCAGCCCCCUCAUCCACACCCAUAGAGGACGACGAAGACGAGGCCACGGUGGAGAACGAAGACGGCCAGGAUGAGUUUGAAGAUGGCGAUGCACAGGAACAAGACAUGUACAGCAAAUAUGACAACGAGGAAUUUGAAGGCUACGAGAAGAGCAACCCUUCAUUCAAAGACACUCUUAUAUACAGAGAGGUCCCAGCACACCUGCAGAACAGCUGGGAGAGUUACUACAUGGAGAUCUUGAUGGUCACCGGUCUUCUUGCCUAUAUUAUGAACUACAUAAUUGGCAAAAACAAGAACAGCAGGCUCGCUCAGGCCUGGUUCAAUUCCCACAGAGAACUUCUCGAGAGCAACUUUGCCCUCGUGGGGGAUGAUGGUACCAGUAAGGAGGCCACCAGUACGGGGAAGCUGAACCAGGAGAAUGAGCACAUUUAUAACCUGUGGUGCUCAGGACGUGUUUGCUGUGAGGGGAUGCUGAUUCAGCUUAAGUUUCUGAAAAGACAAGACCUGCUGAAUGUGCUGGCCAGGAUGAUGAGACCAGUCUGUGAUCAAGUGCAAGUUAAAGUGACUCUGAAUGAUGAUGACAUGGACACUUUUGUGUUUGCCGUGGGGAGUCGGAAGGCCAUGGCACGGCUGCAGAAAGAGAUGCAGGACCUGAGUGAGUUCUGUGGUGAUAAGCCCAAAUCAGGGGCAAAAUAUGGCCUUCCUGAAUCUCUGUCCAUUUUAUCAGAGAUGGGAGAGGUUACGGAUGGAGUGAUGGACAACAAGAUGGUACAUUACCUCACCGGUCAUGCUGACAAGAUUGAGUCCAUCCAUUUUUCGGACCAAUUCUCUGGUCCAAAAGUUAUGCAAGAGGAAGGUCAGCCCUUAAAGCUGCCCGAGACCAAGAAAACACUACUGUUUACAUUUAACGUGCCUGGGAUGGGUAACACAUCUCCCAAAGAUAUGGACAGUCUGCUGCCUCUGAUGAACUUGGUGAUCUACAGCAUCGACAAGGUCAAGAAGCUCCGCCUCAACAGAGAGGGGAAGCAGAAAGCAGACAGGAACCGUGCUCGCGUGGAGGAGAACUUCCUGAAGCAAACUCACAAUCAACGACAGGAGGCCGCUCAGACGCGCCGCGAAGAGAAGAAGAGAGCGGAGAAGGAGAGGAUCAUGAAUGAGGAGGAUCCUGAGAGACAGCGCCGCCUGGAGGAAGCCGCCCAACGUCGUGAUCAGAAGAAGCUGGAGAAAAAGCAGAUGAAAAUGAAGCAAAUCAAAGUGAAAGCUAUGUGAGACACACACACACACACGCGCGCGUUCAUAGUCAUUAGAGAAAUAAUCUACUACUUCCACACCUGCUAAUAUACACUCUUCUACAUGAAUGUGCAUGCCAUUUGAUUGGCUGCUAUUGCACCCAUAGAAACACUCUGUCCAAUCAGGAGAAAGCAGCUGGUUGUUAAGGACUAUGUCUGUUCUUUAAAAGACAACUGGAUUGGAGAUGGUCUGUUUGAACAUGUUUUAGUGUAGAAGUCAUUGAAAGCAUUUGUUUUCUACAUAACUUGCAAUAUGAUUAAGAAUGUUGUUUUUUUGUUGUGAUAAACUGGAUCUUUUGGGCCUCAUUAAACUCCCAACAUGCCACUUUAGCCAACCUUUUCCAAUUCAGUUGUCUCCUGGAGUUCAGUAUGAACCCUUUGUCGAGAGGACCUGUGCAUUCAUUUCUACUCCCAGAGAUCUAACUUCAUCUUGUGAAUGUUUCAGCUAUGCUUCUUUUUAUAGUAAAAUCAGGGAGUGUUUUUUAAAAGGAACUGGGAUAGUAAGAAAGCUACUUUUUUUGUACUACAGUGCUUCCUCACCCCUAUUUGUAAUGAUUGCAAGUGUUUUAUAGAUGAGUAAUUGGCACAUUGUCAUUGUCUUUCAAUCUCUUUCUUUUUUAUGCGCGAAGGCCUACUGUGAAUUGUCAGUCAAGGCAGCACAAACUCCUUUAUAUGUAUUUAACAGAGAUGAAAUUUUAAUUUAUCUUAAGUUAAUAGUCAAUCAGAGCAUCCAUGAGCUUAUGUUUAUGAGUGAACAUUGACUGUAACCCUUUUUUUCUGUAACAUUUGUUGAGACGCUAAACUAAAUAAAACAUUCUCUGAAAACA